AUGGCGAACAUGAGCCAUUGCAAUACGGAGAGAAUGGUCGCGCGGACGAGUGUCAACAGUCCAAUGACCCCCGAAAGCGUAACCGUCUCAUACGGCCGUUCAAGAACCCUUCAGCCCUUAUGUGGCGCAGUUACUGUUCGACUGGUGAGUCAGAUCCAGAGUCGUCACAAGAUCUCGGUCGCGAGUCAAUGGUGGACGAUGUCCAUGCCGGAUCAGCUCCUCCUAUUGAUGGCUUUUCCACCAACAUCUGGACCGAAUAUCGAAACGGAAACGGCAACGAAAAUCUGGCUCCGUUCGAUCACAACUGCGAUGGAGACAUUGAUUCACCUUAGCACCAAGCCUUCUGCAGCCGAAGGUCUACCGAAAGGAAAUGGCCGUUAUGGCAAAGGCACCUGCAACCGAUAG